AUGUUUAGAGAUAGAACAAACUUAUUCAUUUCAUACAGAAGAACUUAUCCACAUCAUAGUGGUCCACUUUCCAGCUCGAGAUUUGAUUCAUUGGAAGAAGAGGAAGAACUUAUAGGUGGUGAUGGUAAUAAUAAUAAUACCAAGGGGAAUCAUUUAAAUGGUGAAAAUAUUGAACUUGUGACAUUACCUCCUUCUAUUUUGGAUACAUCUGAACAGAUUGAUGAGAGUUUAGAUUUUAUAAAUGAUCAAAUCGAUAAAUUGAAUGCUUUAUACAAGAAAAAUUUAUUACCAGGUUUUAAUGAUAGAACAAUUGAUGAAGAACAAAUUGAAAAAUUAAAUUAUUCAAUAACGACUAAAUUUUUCCAAUGUAAUAAUUUGGUUAAGAAAUUUGAAGCUAUUAAAAGACAACCUGGGAAUCAAUUGAAAGCUGAUGAUUUAAAUAUGAUUGAAAAUAUGCAAAAAAAUUAUGCUUUAAAAAUUCAACAAUUAUCAUCAACUUUUAGAAAAUUACAAAAUAAUUAUAUUAAAUUUUUAAAAAAAGAUGAUUUCCAAGAUUUACCAAGUUUAAAUAAAACUCAAAAUAAAAUUGAUAAUUCAAAUUAUAAUCCUGCAAUUGAUGAAACUGAAGAACUAGAAUCUUAUUCAAAAGAGGCAAUUAAAGAAUCUUCAUCAAUUUUACAACAAAAAUCUAAUAUAAAUGAUUCAAUGAUUAGACAAAGAGAACAAGAAAUUACCAAGUUAGCUCAAGGUGUAUUAGAAGUUUCAGCUAUUUUCAAAGAAAUGCAAAAUAUGGUUAUUGAUCAAGGUACAAUAUUGGAUAGAAUUGAUUAUAAUUUAGAAAAUACAAAAGUUGAUUUACAAAAUGCAUCACAACAAUUAAAUAGAGCUCAGCAUUAUCAAAAAAGAACUCAAAAAUGUAAAAUUAUUUUAUUAUUAUCAUUAAUUGUGUUUUUAUUAUUUAUGAUUGUUAUUUUAAAACCUCAUAAAAAUACAAAUUCAAGUCCCAAACCUACUACUCCACCUCCAAAUGAUAGUGAUAAUAAUAAUAACAAUUCUGAUGCUGAUAAGAAACCUGUGGAUCAACCGUCACAUAAUGAUGUUGAAAAUAUACCAGAAAAGGAUAAAACUGAGAUGGAAAAUUUAGAAAAUAAUUUAAAUGAUGAUAAAAUUGUGGAUACUGAUAUUAUAAAUAAUAGAUUCAUGCUAAUAUGA